AUGGCUUCACAAGAGGACUCACAUGUGAAGUUAGAUACAACAAAAAUUGAGAUUGUGUCUGUCAUAGAGGAAGAUUUACCUGCCAUCGAAACCCCCCCCACACUUGCUGGGUGCCUUGGGGUACCAACUAUAAAAAUCCAGCCCACCGAAAAUGGAUAUAUCAAAGAGAAGCCAUUAAAGGACUACUUCCUUACAUACAAGAAAGAGCUUCUUGUUGCUGGUUGCCUGCUUUUUGCUUUGAUCCUGGCCAUAGCUAUUGGAGUGGGAGUUACUUACAGUUGCGUGGGAAAGUUUCGCUGUGGCACCUCAUCCAAGUGCAUCAGGAAUUCAGCCCAGUGUGAUGGGGUGACAGACUGUGACCAUGGAGAGGAUGAAUUCAAAUGUGUCAGGCUCAGUGGAAAGAACUCUGUGCUCCAGAUCUACUCUGGGGGCUCCUGGAAAACAGUUUGUUCUGAAGACUGGAGAGAUGCCUUUGGGAGCACAGCCUGCAGACAGCUGGGCUACACUAAAUAUGUAAAUUCCAGUUCUCUCCCUUUAUCAUCUAUUGAACAGGAUUUCCAGAAGGACCUAGUCUCCAUUAACUUAAAUCUUCCUGUGGGGCACACGUUUAAGAUUCACAAUGCAACCCAUGUGAGGACUCAAUGCAUAUCAGGCAAAGUGACCUCCCUGAAAUGCUUGGAGUGUGGCUCCCGCCCACAGUUUAGCACCCGCAUAGUGGGAGGCAAUGAGUCAUCGGAGGGGCAGUUUCCCUGGCAGGUCAGCCUGCAUUUUCAGAGAGAGCAUCUCUGUGGGGGAUCCAUCAUAACAACCCAAUGGAUACUCACGGCUGCCCACUGUGUUUACGGGUUUGCAUCUCCUUCUUUUUGGGUGGUAUAUGUGGGCAUCAUUGACCAACCAGUUCCAGGUGUGUCAUCUCAUGCUGUGUUGAAGAUCUUUUACCACUGGAAGUACAAACCCAAAGCCCUGGACUAUGACAUUGCUCUAAUGAAACUUAAAACCCCACUGAACUUCAAUGGUCUUGUGGAACCCAUCUGCCUGCCAAACUAUGGGGAGGAGUUUGAAGAUGGGGAGCUGUGCUGGAUUUCAGGCUGGGGAGCAACAGAAGAUGGUGCGGGUGAAGCAAGUAUGUCAAUGAACUAUGCCCGAGUUCCUCUCAUCUCUAACAAAGUGUGCAGUCAGCCUACUGUAUACCAAGGCUAUAUCACACCCAGGAUGAUCUGUGCUGGCUAUUUGGAAGGUGGUACCGAUUCUUGUCAGGGAGACAGUGGUGGCCCACUGGCCUGUGAGGAUGCCUCUGUUUGGAAGCUGGUGGGAGCAACAAGCUGGGGUCAGGGAUGUGCAGAGCGUAACAAACCAGGAGUCUACACCCGAAUCUCUCAGUGUCUCGACUGGAUCCAUGAACAGAUGGAGAGAGAAGAGGCACUGCAUCCAACAACAUUUAGUAAUGGGACUUAAGUAAAAUGGC